GGAGCGGCGGAGCGGCGGCUGGUCCGGCUUCGCGGGGCUCUCUGUUCUCCGGGGCUCCCGCACAGGAAUUUGCCUGGGCUUGAUGUAAUGUUCAGGUUCAGAAAUGCCUUAUGUGGAUCGUCAAAAUCGCAUUUGUGGUUUUCUAGAUAUUGAAGAAAAUGAGAAUAGUGGGAAGUUUCUGCGGAGAUAUUUUAUACUGGACACAAAAGAAGACAGCCUGGUAUGGUACAUGGAUAAUCCGCAGAACCUUCCCUCUGGAUCGCCACCCGUUGGAGCCAUUAAGCUUACCUACAUUUCAAAGGUUAGUGAUGCAACUAAGCUGAGGCCAAAGGCAGAAUUCUGCUUCGUCAUGAAUGCAGGGAUGAGAAAAUACUUUCUACAAGCCAAUGAUCAACAAGACUUAGUUGAAUGGGUAAAUGUCCUAAACAAAGCUACCAAAAUUACAGUACCAAAGCAGGCUGAUUCACUGUCUCAGAAUGAUAAUUCAAAUCGCCAAGCUGAAAGUGUGGGGAUAAAGAAGCAGAUGUCUUACAGAACAGAUAUUGUUGGUGGUGUUCCUAUAAUAACCCCUACCCAGAAAGAAGAUGUAAACGAUGGUGAGGGUGAUAAAAACUACUUGAAACAGUCUCAAAACCAUCCUUACUAUUCUGCUAAGCAUCCCCCAGAUAAUGCUGUGAUCAAAGCUGGCUAUUGUGUUAAACAAGGAGCAGUGAUGAAGAACUGGAAAAGAAGAUACUUCCAGCUGGAUGAGAAUACGAUAGGCUAUUUCAAAUCUGAACUGGAUAAGGAGCCUCUUCGGAUUAUACCGCUGAAAGAGGUUCAUAAAGUCCAGGAGUGUAAACAAAGUGAUAUAAUGAUGAGAGACAAUCUGUUUGAAAUUGUAACAACUUCUCGAACAUUUUAUGUACAGGCAGAUAGUCCAGAGGACAUGCACAGCUGGAUUAAAGCAAUUUCUGGUGCAAUCGUAGCACAGCGGGGACCUGGAAGAUCAGCAGCUUCUGAGCAUUCCAACAAUUCUUCAGAAUCCAGCUGGCCUGCAAAAACAGCAGCUGCCUGCUCACAUUCCACAGCCACUCACAACCCCACUUUGGUCUCAACCCUUAACGCCGAACCCCCUGUCUUGGAGAAGCGAAGAUUUCACGAAUCUUCUACCAAGGCCAAGCCAGGGAGCUUCAAGAUCCAGGCUGUCCCUUCAAGAGACCCAGCUUCCAAAGUGACUGUACACGGCCUAUGGGAACCUCAAAAUAAAAAUGGCACUCAGGAACAGGAUCCAGGCCCAGUGGAUCUAGAUGAUGCAAGCCUUCCAGUCAGUUAUGUGUAAUAAUAGGAAGAGUUCGGAGAAUGAUCCAUUUGUUUUGGUCCGUGAAUUUCCUUGCUCAGACUUCUAGCCAAAGAUGACUAUGGGAUGAAAGAACAAAGAUGGGAAUGUUGUUUAUGUAGUUCUGUAUGUUUGCAUACGUUCAAAUUUGUGUAUGUUUAAAUAGUCAUAUACUGCCUUGUACUUAUUAUCACAGCGGGCCUUUUGAUUUUUCCGCUGCCUGAUAAUAAAUCACUUUCUAAUAGGGAGGGGCCAAAAUACAUAAAAAAUAUUACUGUUGCCAAUCAGCAAGGUACCAGCUGCUCUUCAUCUUCAAUUUGGCAAAGCUAAGAUUAGAAUCUUAGUGCCCUAAUAAAAGAAAUGUCAACAAGGUGUGACUUAAUUACACUGUAAGUCAGGCUAAUGACAAGGGAGUUGAUUUUUUUAGGUUCUAAAUACUGGCAAAGCCUUUUAGGCAUUUGGAUAUAUGUCAUCAUAGGAUUGAUGUAGUACCUUGCUGAACCAAAGGAGUGCUUCUAACCAUGGAUUUUUCCCUAUGCAGAAACGGUAUUCAUUUAAAAAACACUGCAGUGUCUGAAAUGAGAUAUGUUUUCCCUCUGUAAGUUGCACAGAUCAAGUAGCCACUAUGCAAUUUGUAUGGCAGGAAAACCACUUUUGCUCCAUUUCAGAAAUUGCACCAGUGCAUUUGUGUUAACUUACACAAAUCUUCGUGUUUGAAAAAUCGUGUGCGUGAAGCAGGGCAGAGGUACAGAUAAUUUACAUUGAUGGAGACCUGUUGACUUAGUUGUAAUCCCUCUUCUGUAACUUUUCUGUGAAUCACUGCCCUUUCCCCAGAGAAUUCAACUCCCUUAGAAUUCCAGGUAUUUGGUGCUGUGAAAACAUUACGGUAAUACAGCUAUUUUGAAUAUUAAGCCUAUUUUUGAUGCACUCCUAAAGGUGAAUUGUAACUUUUGCACAUUUGGAUAUUAAUGGACCACCAGUAAAUAAAGGUGUGUUGUGGAUUUUUUUAAGUAGGGAGAAGGGAAACUGGACUACUAAAUCUUUUAAAGGUUUAACUAAAAGUAUUUUAUAUUAGGCUUUACAGAAUUUAAAUGUUUAAACUAUUGUCUAAGAUUUUUUUGUUUUUGUUUCUUUCCCUCUUGUGAGAUUGAUCCAUCCCCCCCCCCCCCAUGAGUAUGUUGUGAACAGUUCCCAUUUAAUAGAUGGAUCGGUCAGAGACUGGAAAAAAAAUUGUUUUAUGCUGUUAUCUGGUACUGAAUUGUUCAAUCAUGCAAUUGUGGCCUGUAACUUUUGGUGCACUAAAUUUAUUAAAAGUGCCUGUGGGUUCUUCCUUUAUGAUGUUCUUGGGGACUAAUGGAUGUUGGAUCUUGCUUUUAUGGUUUUGAACCGUGAGGUGAAAUCAUUUUGAGCACUAUAGUCCAGCACAACUUUGGUAUUCUAGGGAUGCCAGUGGACUGGUAGCUACUAGUUGUGCACUAUAAUUUUUAACUGGUUAGUUGUUCAGGGGAUUCAGUGAUAAAAAUAAAAAGGUUGAAGAAACCAGUAUCAGAUAUUUGUGGAGAAUGGGCAUGCACUAUUUUGUGGUUAAGUUGUGAAAAUAUUUGCUUUAAUUAAAAAAAAAAAGCCCCAAAGUUUUACAUGCUGCUGCUUAAUGUGAUUUCACAUUUUCUAGUUCUGCAAAACUUGUGUGUAACGCUUCAGAAAACAUGGAAAGCUAAGAAUGCACAGAUACUCAGGACAAAAUGUAUGCCCAGUUCAUUGAGAUUGAGGAGAACUGAACUGUAUCUGAGUGGUAGUGAUAAGCAGCCUUUGUAGAUCAGUGAACAAAUGGUGCAAGAUCCUGUUAGCCUGUAGCCCUGGGGCCUGCUGACUACGCUGCUGCCCUGGUAGGGUUGAGUGGCAACCAGCAGGAGUCUGGGGCAGACAUGAAAGGGUAAUGGUGUUUUGUCACUUUUUCGGGGGGGGGAAACAGAAGUAAUGCCAUGCCUGUGGUAAAAUGGGAGCGUUUAUGGUGAAUUCCAGAGUGGACUGAUGUCACUUCAGGGAAAACCUGAAGGUGAUAUUCUCAGAUUAUUUUUCUCCCACCAGUGGUUGGGGUAAAAUGAAAGCUGGGAGUGGGGAGGACCCCCAUUGGCAAACUGUCAGCCCUAUGCUCUGGUGAGAUGAGGCAAGAGAGAGUGUUCUUUACACUUCUCUCCAGUCCAUCGUAGUAUAACACAGUUUACUUUUCUAUUGUCUUUUAGUUGCUCCAACAAUAAAACCUCAUUGGAAGAAGGCAAUGGCUCAAGGCCUGGUGAAAUAUACUUCCCUUGUGAUCCAUGUCAUUUCAGAGGUUCAGGGAAACUUCCUUUCGAUACUCUAAUGACCAGCUUAUCUAGAUUCUGAGUGCCAUGCAUAUGUAAUGGAAGAUAAAAGUGGAAAAGUAAUGCACAGUGGAUCAAGUUCCCCAAGGCUACUGCAAUAAUGUGCUGUGUACGGUUUGAAACUUCUGCUACUGCCUUAGACCUCCAUGCCACAUGGUCACUUUUAAUGGCUAAAUAUUGAGGGGGAAGAUAAUUUAGUUUCCAAAUCUAUGCUACCAAGAUAUAUUUGCCCUACAAUCACUUACUGCAAGGCUGUAUAUAUCUCUAUAUAUCUUGUAAUCUGCUGCUGGUCUUCGCAUUGGGGAGGGAGUUCAUCCUGCACCCUGCACCCUGGUUUGCGAACCUUGUCCUCCAUUUUCUAGUUUUACAUGCAGGAGGUUUUAUCAAGAGGUACAAACAUUUUUUGUGAUUAUGCGACUAAAGCCAAAUUUACAUGUGCCACAUUUAAGUACUUUUUAAAGCUGUUGGUAUGCAGCUAUUAAAAACAGGCAAUAAGUUUUCCAUGCAGAAUGCAUUGAUUUUCUGAAUUGAUUGGUGGCCAUGCAGGCAGGUUGGUUUACAAUUGCUUUUCCAUCUUUCUACAUUUUAUAACACACAUUAUUUCAGUAUAGUUCUUGCAUUGAGCCACUUCCUGAUCCCAUUGUCUCUCUUUACCUCUAGGUGAGGUUGCACCAUUGCACUUCUACACUUAGACAGGGCUUUUUUUGGUAGAAAAAGCCCUGCAGGAACUCAUUAGCAUAUCAGGCCACACCCCUG